AUGGAUCACAAUGAAAAUGCAUUUGUCUCUCAAAUACCCCAACUGAGCCGCCAUAUUUCACCCGACAAAGGGCUCAACGAGAUGUCUGCAUCUACGACUAAUGCUCGGAACGCUGGCACAAUGCCACCUCCUUCCACUGUUCGCAAGCAUGCUCAUUCUAGUUUUCCUGAGCCGCCGUCGAAGAGGAGGACAGGUACAGAGACAGCAGGAGAACCCAUCAAGAAGAACGCCCGAGCACCGCCUUCCUCCAGAACGGUCGACCCUGCCGCCAGAGCGACGGCAAAUGCAGGACUGGGCCGCAACUCAUCGGUAUCUUCCAUGUUCUCGUCUCGGCCGACUUCGGCGUCCUCGAGAAAUACCUCCAACAGUUCCUUCUCGAGCAGUGUAGGCGCAGGCGGACGCCCACAGUCCCUUCAAAGCCACAACCGACUGAAGACCUCUUAUGCGCAUAACCGUACAUCAUCACGGACUGGCCCAACGAGGCCAGCUACAUCACUGGCAAUGCAUGAUGAGUCACAGGAGUGUGCCAAACCUCAAGGUAUGUCAGUCCACGUGACUCCUUCCAUGGAUUCAUUGCGUCCGAGCAAGACACGAGGUCCAUUUCUCGAACCUUCAACCCCUCAGAAGGCUCUUUCAAAUGGUUGUCCCAUCUCCACGGGCAGGCCCCAUGAAAUUCGCGAUGCAUCCCUCUCCACUGCUAUGCAAGGCCUUUCUAUUAGGUCUGGCUCUGGAGAUGAGCUUCCCAGGGAGCAGAGUCCAAGCAGAUUACCUCGUCCUGUUACCCCUGUUCCCAAGCCUCCCCUGUCAUCUCCUUUUCCAUUAAAUACGUCCAGACCGCGCAAACCUCCCCCAAAGUUUGAUAAAUUUCUGACCAGAGAUUCCAACACCAAAGCAUGGGAUACCCAGGAGCAAUACGAUAAUUUCGAGCGCAUGUGGAGCGAUAUGUACAUGAAGCUGAAUCAGACAGUCAGUGACACAGCGGAUAUGAAGGAAUCAAUCAACAUCUAUAAGUCGACAAGUACGUCUUACCCUAAGAUCCGAGAGGCUGUUCUCGCCUUAUCCAUCUCUGGCGUAGAUGACAAAAUGGUGGCCCAGUUGACGUAUCUUUUUGUGUCCCUAGUUACCGAGUUGGAAAAGGCCCGUGCCGAACUUACUGAGAACAAUACGUGUCUACGUAGCGAACUCGAGACUGCGAAAUACCGAAUAUCAGAGGCCGACCGGAUACGGGAGACGAUAGCGCGGGAUCAAGAGAUCGAACUGGAUGACCUCGGUCGACAACAUCGAGUCGAGCUUGAGAAUGUCAAGCAAGAUGCAAGACAAGAUAUUGAACAGAUCAAGAACGACCAUAGGGAGGAACUCAGAGAUGUCAAAAGAAGGCUGGAGGAUGAGCUAGAGCAAGAGCGUUCACAACGAAUCCGUGCUGUCAGUCAACUGUCAACGCAGGGUGCACUUGACAAACAACGACAACAGCUGGAAGUUGAUGCUAAAGACCAGGAAAUCAGGGUGGCCAGAGCAGAAACCGAGCGGCUUGUAGCAGACCUUGAACGGGAGCGAGCACUCAACGUCGAUCUGCGACAGAAUCUUGCAACCGCUUCAGCCAAUGCAGUGACGAUGGAAGCGUCAAGACAAGCACUUCAAGCAAAGGUUGAGUACCUAGAAUCUGACAGCAAAUCACAGUCAGAAGCAUAUGCGAAUAUGGAACGGCAGAUGCGGGAAGCGAUUGAACAAGCCCAAGAAUUACAGGGGAAGCUGCGGAGAGAAGAGACACUGAGGCGGAAACUGCAUAAUCAGGUCCAAGAACUCAAGGGGAACAUCCGUGUCUUUUGCAGGGUACGACCGAAUCUGAGCAUGGACGCUGCUGAUGAGCAGGCCAAGAUUGCUUUCCCUGACGAUGGAGAAGAUGCCAAAGAGAUCGAAGUGCGAGGAGCAGAAGAAACGAGUAGUCUAGGAACGGUCACGACCAAGAAGUAUCCGUUCGCUUUCGAUCGGGUUUUUGGCCCGAAGUCUCAGAAUCAGCAGGUUUUUGAGGAAAUCAGCCAGCUCAUUCAGAGUGCCCUCGAUGGGUACAAUGUUUGCAUCUUCUGUUAUGGACAGACUGGCUCAGGAAAGACAUAUACCAUGUCCUCGCAGGACGGGAUGAUACCACGAGCCGUCCACAUGAUCUAUGACACUGCGCAGGGUCUCGAAGAGAGGGGCUGGCAGUAUAAAAUGGAAGGAAGCUUUGUGGAAGUAUACAACGAGAAUCUGAACGACCUUCUCGGACCACCGGAUGACUUUGACAAAAAGAAACAUGAAAUACGACAUGACAUGCAGACAUGCAAGACGACAAUCACGGACAUCACAUCCGUUGACCUCGACUCGCCCGAGAAAGUAGAAGAAAUCCUUGCCCAAGCCAUGAGCAACCGCUCCGUUGCCGCAACCAAAGCGAACGAGCGCUCUUCGCGCUCCCACUCGGUCUUCAUCCUUAAACUGUCCGGCCACAACAGUAUCACCGGCGAAAGAAGCGAGGGUACACUGAACCUCGUCGACCUAGCGGGAAGCGAGCGUCUCAGCCAGAGCAAAGUCGAGGGAGCGCGAUUGAAGGAGACGCAAAACAUCAAUCGCAGCCUCAGCUGUCUGGGCGAUGUUAUCGGUGCGCUCGGCCAGGGCAAAGAUGGAGGACAUAUCCCGUAUCGAAACAGCAAGCUCACUUAUCUGCUGCAAUUUUCAUUGGGUGGGAACAGUAAGACACUGAUGUUCUGUAUGAUCAGUCCGUUGCAGGCGCAUUUGGCGGAGACGUUGACGAGUUUGCGGUUUGCUACAAAGGUUCACAAUACGCAUAUUGGGACAGCGAAGAAGCAUUCGAAAUCUUGA